AUGUCCUUCAGAGCUCGGUCUAACCUUGGGGACCUCCCUGGACCCGGAGCUCUAACCUUGGGGACCUCACUGGACCCGGAGCUCGGUCUAACCUUGGGGACCUCACUGGACCCGGAGCUCGGUCUAACCAUGGGGACCUCCCUGGACCUGGAGCUCGGUCUAACCAUGGGGACCUCCCUGGACCCAGAGCUCGGUCUAACCUUGGGGACCUCCCUGGACCCGGAGCUCUAA